GUGGGAAUUCGCGACCCCGUUUGUUUGGUGUGAAAUUGACACCAAAGUGUGACAAACCAUCAUACAAACAGAAGCUUAUGAGCUUACGACGACUUAAACAUAAGACGAGAUACAACAACUGAAAUCGGUAUGUACCCAGCAACUGAGUUUGCUUAUUCCCUUGGUUGAUUCAUUUCAUUCUUUAAGCCUGGAUACUGCCCAAGCCACUGUACAUAGCGAACUGUAUCUUAAUUGCCAUCCUUGCGAUUUUUAUGCUAACUUUUUUCUAAUUUGAUGUCUAAGCCUUUAGUCAAUCAAUAUUUUAUAACUCUUCCACAGCGUGAGGCUACCCGCCCUUGAUCUUGCUCGUUUGUAGUGACAGUAUGGACUUCGACCGCGUUCUUCCUCAAGAAAGCUCUCCACAACUCGACGACGACACGGUCAAGUACGAGGGUGGUAGUAAACAUGGAAUUAAAGCUCUUAUGGUCAUGGACGACUUAAGAAAACGCCAACAGCUAUGCGAUGUAACGAUCUGCGUGGGAAACAAACAACUGCGUGCGCAUCGCAUAGUUUUAUGCUCGUUUAGUUCCUACUUCCUUGCCAUGUUUACCGGUGGUAUGGCCGAAAGCUAUGAGGAAAGUGUGACAAUUAACGAGGUCGAUGGUAGAGCUGCUGAACUCCUCAUCGAUUAUGCGUACACCGGAAAGCUCGAUAUCACUGUGGACACGGUUCAGUCCCUGCUCUUUGCAAGCUCAUUAUUUCAACUAACCGCAAUUCAGAAAGCUUGUUCAGAUUUCUUACUCCGACAACUUCACCCUUCGAAUUGUUUAGGGAUCCGUUCGUUUGCCGAUACACAUUCCUGCGCCGGUUUAUUUGAAGCAUCGGAGAAAUACAUACACGAGCAUUUUAACGACGUAGUACAGAACGAAGAAUUUCUGCUGCUUUCUCCCAACGAGUUAGCUUUGUUGUUGACUUGUGAAGACCUAAAUGUGAAUUCUGAGGAGGACGUGUACAACGCGUUAAUUGCGUGGGCGAGGGAAAACGUUGAAGAGAGGCAAUCAUUCUUAGCUGAGCUUCUUGGUAAAGUUCGCCUGCCGUCGCUCUCCCCUCACUUUCUGGUGGAUCAAGUGGAAAAAGAAGAGCUUAUUCGUCAAGACAUCGCUUGCAGGAAUCUUUUAGACGAAGCAAAGAAUUUUCACAUGCUUCCUGAUAGGAGAGGCAAGCUCAGAGGUGAAAAAUCACGCCCUAGAAGAUCUACCUACGGAAGUUUAUACAGUGUCUGUGGAAUGGACUCUACUGGUCAUCCAGUGAAAAGCGUGGAGAAGUAUGACUUCCACAGUGGCAAAGUGAAGCUUGUGGCACCCGUCAACACUGCUCGCAGUGGAGUGGGUGUGGCUGUACUUGAUGGGAAGAUAUAUGCUGUAGGAGGUCAUGAUGGAACAACGUACCUGAAUAGGUAAGUUUGAUGUUAAUGAUACGAAAUAAUUAACAUAUCCGAUGAUCAGUUGCUGCUCAACAUACUGUUCUCUCAGAAAAAUUAUCUGGGGUGGGGGUGGGAGGUGGGGUGUGAGGAGGUGGUGUGAACCUGUAGGCGGUGACUUGUCAAAUGCUGAUGUAAAAAAGGUACAUUCUCAUAAAAUAAUACAUGUUGGCCAUUGUUUUAUUUUAUGAAAAUUUGCCUCUCUAUUUCCAUGGUUGCUGGAGUAUUAAGCCUUGAGAUGUUGUGUGAAUUGAUAGUCAGCCAUUUUGUUUUGUCAAAUACAAGAAGUGUUUUCAAUGGUUGAAUAGAAAAUAUUGGGUCAAUAACUGGUGACUGAAAAAGUUGAGUGGUUCUUUGUGUACCUACUUUCACACUAUGCAUUGUUUCUUUCCCAGUAAGUAGAGGAUGCGUCAGAUCACAAGGUUUUGAAGUCAUUAUCAUUGUGUCCCCAAACUUUUUAAUAAAAUAACAUUAUAACUGUGAAUCAAGUACAUAUAUUUUAUGAUUGGAUGGUUCCCAACAUAUUUUGUAAAAUGUUUUUGGCUCCUUAGUGUUGAAUGCUAUGAUAUCAGGACAAAGCAAUGGAGGUAUGUUGCAUCUAUGGCACACGCACGUCGUUAUGUUGCGGCGGCAGCCUUGGAUGGCCUUCUAUAUGCUGUUGGUGGCUACGAUGGCUUUGCAGUUCUUGACUCUGUUGAAGUGUAUGAUCCGAGACUGGACCAGUGGAAACCUGCUGCUAAUAUGGCUAAUCCCCGAAGACAUGUUGCUGUAGGUGUUUUGGAUACAAAGGAUGCAACUGGAGAUGGUUCUGGACCAGGUAUACAUACAAGAACACAAUGCUGUUUACAAAGAAAAAGUUCUUCGUGGUAUUUUGGCCUGUGACCCACAUUAGAGAGCUGCUAUCUUCUUUAAAAAUUGAUUCCCUUACAACCUUUUACAAUUAAAAUAGCUCAUACAAAUAUUGGUCCCAAAAAAGGCAACAUCUUUGGGUAUCUCAUCAUUUACAAAAAUUUGAACUUCGGGUUGGGAUAUAUAACAUAGUGUGUGGGUUUAUGUUUUAUUUUUUUUUGGAAAAAGGCUUCCAAACUGCUCCUAGUCAAAAAAGUUUGGCCUCACAAACCCAAGGGCGGUCAGCUCAAAAUUUGUCCAAAACAUCAGUGAUGUGGGUCUUUGGCAGCAAAGGAGAGCUGUGCAUCCCAUUUUAAGUUGUCCAAGCUUAUUUCUGGCAUGAUACAAUUAAAGUUCAAUUUUGAGAUGGUAAAUGUUUGCUUUUGAGUGAAAGAUUCAAGUCUGCUCCUGUUCUUGAAGUUAACCUGUGUUUGCCUUGUAAACUUGUAGGGUAUCUGUAUGCUGUUGGUGGUCAUGAUGGAAUCAACUAUUUAAAAACAGUAGAGAGGUACAACCCAGAGACAAAUGAAUGGACUUGUGUGGCAUCCAUGGGUGCACGAAGGGGUGGGGUGGGUGUGGCAACUCUUGGAGGAUGUCUGUAUGCAACUGGGGGUUAUGAUGGAGCCUCCAACCUGAGUACAUCAGGUAAGGUGGAAAACUUGGAAAAAUGUCCUUUCCCCCAUAACAUGUUUGUUUGGAAAGAGGGAAUCCAUGUAGAGUGUUGCUGGGAAAUGGUUAAUCAAAAGAAGGAAGAGGGGCUUCGAGAGUUAACCCUUUAACUCUCAGAAGUGAUUAAUGCAUAACUUCUCCCUAUAAUAUCCAUACAUUAUGCGGCAAACAGGUAAUGAAAAUACUCAAACUCAUAAGGUAGGAGUUCUUUUCUUUAUCAAACACUAAAUUCUCAGAACCAAUUUCCUGGGAAAUGUGGAGCAGGUAAAAGGGAGAAUUAUCAAUAAUCAAGAUUUUGGGAGUGAAAGGAUUAAGGGUUGGGAGUAAUAAUUUGAUUACUUUCAUGAAGACCCUUUUCUUUGUAGUGAAUAUUUUUUCAAUCUUGUUCUUUUAUUUGUGUUUAGAACGCUAUUACCCAGAUGAAGAUAGAUGGGCAUUUGUGGCUCCUAUGAGUGUAUGUCGCAGUGGACAUGGUGUAGGAGUUGUCAAUGGUUGUUUGUAUGCUCUGGGUGGUCAUGAUGGAGUGUCAUACCGAAAUAAAGUAGAAUACCUCAAUCCUCAAGUUGGUGAAUGGACAACUGUUGGCCCAAUGGGAAUGAGCAAAGCUGUUGCUGGAGUUGCUGUUGUGAAAGAAUAUUAGUGUCUGUGCUUUCAAGUCUUAUCUAUACCAACAUUUUUUUCUUAAUGAGUAAAAUUUAUUUUUCAUGCUAUGCAUGUUAUGUUUUUAGGAAAAAUUUAUUUUAUUAUUUGACUAAUUCACAAACUAUGAAUAGUUUCACAUUGGGGCAAUUCCCAAGAUGUUGUGUCUAUAAUUCAAUUGUUGACAUUAUUAAGAAUUAACUAGGUAAUGCAGAAUUAAACAAAAAAAUGGAUGUAGGGUGAAGUAUUCCCAGCUUCAAUUGUCACUGAAGGAGACAUUCAAAGCUUAUUUAUCACUCAGGCAAGUGUAAAAGAUUCCAUUGAACACACACAAGCAAGGAUUGGCAGUCAACAAAAUGAAUGGCUUUCCUCUUACUAAAUGUUGUACGAGGGGAACUCCUUUCUUGCACCUUGUUAUCCCUUUAAAUCUUAAGAGUGACUAGCAUCUAAUUUCUCCCCACAAUAUCACCCCUGAAUCACACAUUAAGGUCAUGAGAAUGAAGGAAAUGAUCACUGAUGAAAGAGCCUUUGAUUGGUAAACAGAUUCUCCUUGUCAGCACCUUAGGAAAUGUAUAAAGAACAGUAUGGAGAAUAUGCAUACUGAUGUUCGGGUGUAAAGGGUUAAGUUUCUGCUUUAUUGUGUAACUCUACAACUUGUGUGUUGUUGGCAAUCACCAUGAGUGAUAUGUUUAAAAAAUCCAAGGGCAACUGUUACAAGAUAGUUAUACAGCCAUGCUUCUGAUUUAACAAUUUUUGAUCUGAAUCAAUUGAAAAUAUUUAUUUAUGGUAUUUAGUGAAAAAAAAAUUAAGCUCAAGCAGAAUGUAGCUGUGCAUAUUUCGUUCUGGUUUGCAUGGGGGUGAUGUGGAGGUACAGCAUUCUUGCUUCAAGACAAUUCUGUUGCCUCUGUGAACCUUCUGACUCCCGAGAUUCAAUGAGUAAGCCUCCAUCUUAACUUCCUAAUAUUUCCCUGAUAUGUCUUAUCAAGAUAAAACCAAGGUGUUAAGGUUGUCUGAUCUCACUUGUUUGUAAGAUAACAUAUUGGAACUGUCAAGAGAAGUCUUUUGUUAAUAACUUCUGAGAGUUUAAGAGUUAAAACUAUGGGAAAAGCAGGCUCCCACCAAAUAAA